AAAUAUUUAUUUUUAAAAUUCGUAACAAAAGUAAUGUAAUCCUUAAAGAUUGCAAAAAAAUAAAUAAUUAUUAUUUAGCGAUGGAAUCAUUUUUAAUGAAAUUUUAUCCAAUAAUUGAAAUCAAUUUAAAUGUUUGCAUAACUAUUUUAUUAACUAUUUUGUUAUUGUAUUAUAUAUACAUUUUCAUCACUUUUAAUGAUAAAUAUGUUGAUUUGAGUUAUAUUGAAGUAGAUCCGGACCGCAAAGUGCAGUCAGAUCUGCCGCCCACUUAUCCAAACGGUUGGAUACCAGUAAUCGAGUCGAGAAAUAUUGGUUUGAAUCAACUGAAAAAUCUGAAAGCAUUUGGACAACAAUUGGUUGCAUUCAGGAGUCAAACGGGUCGGGUAUAUGUGUACGACGCUUACUGUCCUCAUUUAGGCGCUAAUAUAGGCGUCGGCGGACAGAUUACUAAAGAGUGUGGACAUGAGUGCAUUAGAUGCCCAUUUCAUGGCUGGGCUUUUAAAGCUGAUGACGGGCUCUGUAUUAAAAUACCGGGAAUGCAAUCAAAUGAAAUACCGACCGCCCGUCUCAAAACUUGGGAAACCAUUGAAAUAAAUGCAACCGUUUUUGUUUGGUAUCACUCACAUGGGGUCAAACCCUAUUGGUUUCCCAAUGAAAUACAUGAGAUUGAAAACAAUGAGUGGAUAUAUGAAGGAAGGACUGAACAUAUAGUGAAAUGUCAUUUUCAGGAAAUCCCAGAAAACGGCGCCGAUUGGGCUCACAUACAGGAGUUGCACACACCAGCAGUUAUGGCCGGAAAUGUUAUCAAUAGGAGUAGGUUUUAUAGUCUAUUGACUAAACUGUUUGGUCACGAAUGGCAGUCCAAAUGGUGGCCCUCAUCAGCACCGGACUCACAUAUAGCCCACAUGUCGUUAACCACAACCAACACUGUGUUUGGUUAUCCCCUAUUGACUAUUCAUUUCAAUAUCCGUCAAAUCGGACCCGCAUUUGUUGAGCUUCUGUAUGAAAGCAGUGCUUUCGGAGGAAUCACCGGUACUUUCAUACAAUUAAUAACACCAUUAGAUGUUAAUCGUAACCGAAUUAUUCAUCAAAUCUAUUCUUCUCAAACAUUUUGUGGCAAACUUUUGGCCAAAUUUCUACUCUAUGGUGAACUAAGAAUGUUGGAAAGAGAUAUAAUUAUAUGGAAUAACAAGAAGUUUUUGAAAAACCCUAUUAUCACCAAAAAUGAAAAAUCAUUGCUUCAGUUCAGACGUUGGUUUAACCAGUUUUACACUAAAGAAGAUCCAAGAAAACAGUGGUAA